GGAGGCAGCAGGGGAAACAGCUGACAGUGAACAACAACACAGGAGUCAGCUCCUGCAGGUGCUGCUGUGUGAGAGGGGCUCUGCUGCCACGUUCAUGCUGCCACAACCUGUAGCUCCUCUUGCAGGAGGACCGCGCUGCGAGCUGAUCAACUGAGGAAGAGGAGGGAGACGAGGAGGAGCAGGAGGAGGAGGACGCGAGGAGCUCCGUCGUCCAUCCCCGGCCAGCCCCGCACGAUGGCCCCGUCUCUGAUCCGCGCCUGCCGCAGUCUGGCUCUCUCGACGUGGCUGCUCUCCUUCUGCUUCGUCCACCUGCUGUGUCUGGACUUCACGGUGGCGGAGAAGGAGGAGUGGUACACGGCCUUCGUCAACAUCACCUACCUGGACCCCGUCACCGCGGAGGUGAGGACGGAGAAGACCGAGUGCGGUCGCUACGGCGAGCACUCGCCCAAGAAGGAAGCCCGGGGUCUGGUGCUGCUGCCGAGCCCCCUGCAGGACAGACAGGCGUGCGACCCCCACGUCAGGUUCCCCCCCGUGGCUCACAACGCCGCAUGGGUGGCGCUGGUGGCUGCGGGGAACUGUACCUACAGGGACAAGAUCCGGAACGUCGCCAACCUCAACGCCUCUGCAGUUGUCAUAUACAACGUGGGCUCCAGCAGCCCCAACGAAACCAUAACAAUGCCCCAUCCAGGUGUCCUCUGUCCCACAGGCCUGAGAGGACAAAUGUCCCCAAUCGGCUGGACACCUCUGGCUGAGAUGAAUGCUUUCAUUCCCCCUGCAGCAGCCCCACAGCUCCUCUGUGCCAUCAUCCCAACAAUUACCGGGUUUCUGGGUACAGGUGAUGUUGUCGCCAUCAUGAUCCCAGAGCCUAAAGGUCGUGAGUUGAUUAACUUGCUGGAGCGGGGCACCAAGGUCAGGAUGCAAAUCAGCAUUGGAACCCGCAACCUGCAGAAGUACGUGAGCAGAACGUCGGUGGUGUUCGUCUCCAUCUCCUUCAUCGUGCUCAUGAUCAUCUCCCUGGCGUGGCUCGUCUUCUACUACAUCCAGAGGUUCCGCUACGCCAACGCACGGGACCGCAACCAGAGACGACUUGGAGAUGCUGCCAAAAAAGCCAUCAGCAAGCUUCAAGUCCGCACCAUUAGGAAAGGAGACGAGGAGACUGAGUCAGACUUUGACAACUGUGCAGUUUGCAUUGAAGGUUAUAAACCUAACGAUGUUGUGAGGGUAUUACCGUGCAGGCAUGUUUUCCAUAAACACUGUGUGGAUCCGUGGCUGCUGGACCACCGGACAUGUCCCAUGUGUAAAAUGAACAUCCUCAAAGCCUUAGGAGUUACUCUCAACCCAGACUGCUUAGACGAGAUUCCUGCAGACUACGAGAUGUCUGUCGGGGGUCCAUCCAACAACCCCAUCAGCGGGGCGAGUGAGAUCACAGUGAACGAGAGCUCGGUGGUGCUGGACCCCGGCGACAGAGGGAUGGGCCUGCAGCACCUCCAACAUGACGCAGAGACGGCACUUCAGGCGGGAGAGAGCCACCUCAUGGCCAGCAGUGAGCACCAGCCUCCGCUCAGCUGUGAUUCUGACACGUCUGUCAUCAUGGGCCUGGAGGUGGGUUUGUCUGAGAUAGAGCUGUCAGCAGAGCGAGAAUGUGACGAGGGAAAAUCCUGAGCCGGUCGGAGCAGAGAGGAAAAAAAGGAUGAUGAGAGCAGAACAGAGUGAUCGGGGGGGCUCCCACAGAUCCGCCGGGUCUCUGGCCCCCUGGAGGAGGUGAUCUCGUGGAAGACGCUGAAAUAUGAGCAAUACAACCCGUAGCGGCACAGAAACAACCCGCUUUGUGUGUUCCACCUGAGAAACAGACUCGUCCCCGUGUCUGCAGACUUGUUGCUUGCUCGUUCUCUUGCCGUCACGUGUUUUGUGUGUGAACGCAGCUCCCAUAUACUGUGGUGGUCUAGUUACUCUCCACGUAACCUUUUCCCCAUCUUAGCAUCAGAGAUUCACACACACACAGUCCUUGAGAUGUCGGUGGCCUUCCCAGCGCUGAGAAGUCAAAAUGUGUUUCUCCUCGCUCUGCCUGCUGCUGGACACGGUGUGAGGAACAGAGCGGCUCUUUAACACCCGACUGCAGCUUUAAUUAUGUAAAGAAAUAUAUGUGCAGAUUAUUAGACUUCUUGCCUAUGAGAUCACUGCCAACCUAUUCCACGAGUUUUACUGACGUGAUGGAGACACAGCACUCUAUCAAAGUCUCAGUUGGCGUGAAACCAGCAUUUUUUUCAGCAUCAGACUUGGGGUAACGUGUUAUUAUCCCCCUGAAACCUUGAAGCGCAGGUUUUCAGGUUCACGCGGCCAUGUGGCACGAAGGGGUUUAAAACACGUAUUGCACACACACACACACGUUAUGCUGCAAUUUCUAAACGUAACUGUUUCUGUCAUCGUUGUGUCGAGACCUUCGUUUAUAAACUGAGUAUUCCUGCUGCUGAGAGGAAACAACCAAACACAAUAGAUUAUUUCUCACGUCUGACAAUCAUACUUUGCCACGAGCAGUUUGAAGUGAUGUCACCCACUGCCCUACUGAAACUGCUGCGGAUUCACAAGCCACCAACACAUGGUGUCGGCCUCCUGCGUCAGGAAGGUGACGUUUCACACUCACGCUGCUGCUGCUGAGGACGGCUGCGGCUGUCACCACCAAAUUCUGGCAGUGUAUACAUACGAGCCAGCCAAUAUACUUAUGUCAACAAGUCUGUGCCAAGUUAAUCAGUGGUGUUCUAAACGUAGCUGUAGUCCGUGUGUACAUGUGAUUCCCUUGGCUGUCAAUGGAGGCUGAGAGAAGCUAAUCUGUGAAUGAAAUGAAAGUGAAGAAAUAACAGGAGCACAAGGAAUCUGAAAAUCACAAAAGACUCUGCUCGGUUAAAAAAAGAGGAACUUUUUUAAUUUGAAAUAGUCAAAGGUUUAAUUGGGAGGAUUUAAAGCUCUUUUGCAUUUUAUGGCAUGAAUAGAUUGCAGCAUGAAAGGGUUUACAGUUGUUAAAAAUGUGACUACACCUACAAUAGGCUUGCGAAUAUCUGAAAACGAAAAGCAUGCCCCCUGGUGUUUGUGAAGUCUUCAGAAACAGCCCCAGACUGAAACACCGGAACUGUAGAAGGUAUAGGAUUUAUAAUGUUGAAUUUUGUUUUGUUUUUGUCCUGCAUCACAGCCGACAUCUUGUCUGGUUUCUCUGCUGAGUCUCAGCUGAUUAUUAUUUUCCCUCCUGUUCUCUGUGACCACAUAUACUGAAUUAUUACUAUAAUCAAAUUCACAUGUUUGUGAUUCUCAACUUUAUUUUAUUAUGCUCCUCGUGUCAAUAAUUGAGUUGAUAUGCAUUUUGAAACUUGGUCCUCUUGGUGUUGAUUUAUUCUCAACUUGUGUCCCAAUUUCAUAUUACAAUCUCAUUAUCUCUGCCACGGAGGCUUGUAUCUGUUUAUCUGUAAGGAUUUUACAAAACUGAACCGAUUGGCACCAAACUUGGUUGGGGGGGUCAUGGGCCAAGGAAGAACCCAUUAAUUUUUGGAUUUUCUUUUAAUUACUUUACCCAACAUUGUUGGAUGAGACGAUAUUUCUCAGGAAAUAAUCUGCGGAUAUAAGAAAGAAUUUAAAAAAAACUGUCCAGCGCCUAUGUUGUUCAUAUGGAAGAUGCACUUAUACCCAUGGGUGUGCUGGUCUUAAAAUGAUGGUCAGGGUCACUGUCAGGGGACAAUUGUUAUUUCCAAACAGUGGUAAGCAGUUGCACUUGCACAGAAACCUGGUCUGAAGUCAGUGGUGCAGUAUUUCAUUGUUAUUUUAAGACACACUCUCCUCCACACCAGAUGGUUCGCUCAUGUGCAAAGUCUACGAAGAGCACUCUGAUUGGUCUGUUGCUCGUCAAACCGCAAACACACCAAUUGUUAACUAAAGUACAACAAGCCUGCGUCUGCUGCAGGGACAUUUUUUUACACUGUUGAAACUCACAUAUGAGUGGAAAGGUGAAAACUCCCUAAAUGCAUAUGGGCCAGACCAUAUGCUUAGAUUGUUGAAAAAGAGACUAAGACCAUGUGCUUAAAAAAGAGUGCUGACUGUUAUAACAUAUACAAUCUGCUACAGUUUUUUCUUAUUUAGAAUAAUUCUUCUUCUCUCAUUGUUCUGUUACCGUCUGGACUGUCUCCUCUCACAUUCCUGGAGACUCGCUCACUAGAGAAGCACAGGCGCACUGACUCCAUCGAUGGAGCCAGUGGAAUUUGACUGUUGUUUUUUUUUGUCCUCCAGUCACUGUUUCCAUUAUGUUCUGGAGCAACCUGGGAUUCUGUUACAUAACACACACAUGUCAACACAUUCCCCUUGCUUGGGUUAAUCACAGAAGUGAAGGAUCAUAGGAAAUCCUGGCAAAUGCUUUGCUGUUUCAUAAAAGCUUUGGUAUGAGUCGGGUAUAUUGUGAUGGUUUUUUGGGGAUGGGGGGGGGCUGUGAGCCUCUAUGUUCUUUGUUCAAGUCACUUGAAACCCAUGGACAACACAUUGUAGAUAUUAUUAGUUCAUAUAGCCAAAGGUUGAAAUAUGAAUGUUCUAACAUCUGUGAUUCACUGUCUGCAGAUCAUUAUCUGGGGGAAAAAAACUUUAGACUGUUUAUAAAGUGGACGACACGUCUCCACUUCCUCCCACUGUCCAGAAAUGAUGCCAAAAUAUUUCAUUUUUUUGCCCGAGUGCGAUACAGGCACUCGGCCAAUCAGGAGUCAGUCUCAGCUGUCAAUUAUGACAUUUCCCCCGUUUUCAAUACCUUGUGAAAGCCAAACCUUAAAAUGACAGAAACUAUCUUUGAGGAAAAUGUUCUUUGAGUUUUUAAUUCAGUCCACAUCCCAUUCACCAACAAGGAGGAAUUGGAGUUUACGAGCUGUACUGCAACCAGCCACCAGGAGGCGAUUGAGAUGAAUUGGCUUCACUUUUGUCGGCCAUCUUUAUGUACAGCCCAUGGAAAGCGCUUGACAGCCUUUCAAUGACCUCCCUUUAUUUUGUUUAGUUGUAAGCACUUAUGAGAGGCUCAACAUGUAACCAACGAUUUCACCAUGACUGAAAUUUAUUACAGCACUAUGUAAGAAUUCAUAAAUGGACAUUUUAAUUUAACUUGAGCUAUACCCUCUCUUUUUGGAAAGGAAGGUGGACAUUGAGGGAUGUAUUCCAGUUUGAUGUGAAUCUGGACCUUUACAUCUCGGUAUGUAGCAUCAGCUCACAUGGUAAUGAAAUAGCACAAUACAUAAGAUAAACCACAAACACCCAACAGCAUCACUCUCUGCUGCUCUCCCCGUCUCACUUGUUCGUGGGUCUUUUGUCCUUGUCUCACUUUAACAGUCUCUCCAUCCGACCAUUUGUUUGGUUGGCUUAACAUCAAGACAAAGCGAAGCACAUUCAUUUUCAUUGCCAGAUCUCUCAGUUCUGGCCAAACAGCGGUAUGAAAUCAGUUUGUCUAAAAGAGGAUUAAGGCCAUGUUGUUUUUUCCAGAUGGACUGAGACACGAUGGAUUAAUCUAUAGCGCCAUCUCUCCGUUUAUUGUGUUUGAGUAACAAACCUCCCGGAGGAAGUAGAAUUCAAUGUAGAAACAUGAGUCUGCUCCGUGUAAUGAGAUUUAGUGCGCUCAAGAAAACAAGAUUGUUGUCCUGAAUUGUACCUGUGACAUUGCACAACACUUAUUUUUAUAUGUUUCCCAAUUAAUUCAAACUGGUUUCAUGAAAAGACUGUUGUAAUUUAACUGUGGGGGAAAUUGUCCUUAAGAGAAAACUGUAAUUUUAUCAAAAGUAUUCAUAGAUUACUGAAAACCUUAUUUGCCUCAUUUGCUAAUUUGAUUUAUGUCCUGUUUUAUCUUAUUUGCCCGGGACGCUUCUCACUCAUUAAAAGCAGAAUAUCGCGUUAACUAGCAAAUACAAAUAUUAAAGACUUAAUAUUGAAUGGAAAACUUCUUGCAAGUUGACAAAUUACUUAAAAUAAAUGUAUGUACAAUUUCUUAGAACCUAGAUUUCCCUCUAACGUUUAUAAUUUUACAUAGAUGUUUCCAGUAUCGAUUGUCUUUAAAACUUAUUUAUAAAUACUUGGACCGGAUGGACCUGUAUAGUUCAGCAUUACACAUCUUUUUUUUUUUUUACUUAUUAUUAUAAUUAUUGUCGUUUGUUGUUAUUGGUCUCCCGACACAUUUCUUCUCAUUGUGUAAACCUUCGUAUAUUGCACUUUAUCCCUCCAGUGAACAGGCACUGGCUCAAAUGAAUGACUUGAGAACUUCUUAAGAAAGAGGGCUACAGUAUUGAACAUGUCACAUGAGUCAAUUGUUGCUCAUUGUAAAAUAUUAUAAUCUUUUAUCUGUACUUUUGUGAGUGAGAGUGUGUGUGGUGGGGGGUUGCGGGGUACCAAUAUAUUGUGACUAUACCCAGCGGAAGUAACAGCAUUGCUAUUUUGUAAUAUAAAAACAAUGAUAUGUACUAUUAGAGGGGUCUCUGUCAUUUUCUUGUAACAUGAUGCACGUGUUGGAAUGUGUAUGAUUUUGACAUUUAAUAAAUUUUACUCCGAUUUUUCCAA